UUGUACAUGAGCUCGAUAACGAUAUAAGGAAAUUGUCAUAUUCAUAUGCAUACGUAGAAAACUCAAAAUUUAAGUUUGUUUGGAAUAUUCGGUCAAUAUGGCUUCCGCAGGAAAAAAGGGUAAAAAGAACAAGGGAACUGUCAUUUCGCUGCAAUCGUUUCUUUCUAAUGGUGACACACCAGCCGGAACAACGCAAGUUUCGAAAAAAAUUAGAAACUUGGAUGGCGAUGAUAGUGAUGACGGUAGUAGCACAUUACCUUCAGUUUAUCAGCUUCCUACUGCGCCUCGAGCAAAUCGGAUAUUUGAUGAUAAUUCCAUUCCGCACAGGCCUCCUUUCAUAGCUUAUAUCAAUAACUUGCCUUUUGAUGCGAACGAAGACGACCUUUAUGAAUUUUUUGGGUCUAUAAAUUUGAUAUCGUUGAGACUACCUCGGGAAGAUGGUGAAAACGGACGCUCCCGUGGUUUCGGCUAUGUGGAAUUAGAAAGCAGAGACGAUUUAAUUCAUGUUCUUAGCUUGCCAGACCCAUCCAUUAAAGGACGUCGCAUUCGUAUAGAGCUGUCGAAUGAAAAUGACCAGCAAAACCGUCCAAAAACGAAUCGUCGGUUUGAGGGGUUUGGUAAUAGCAGUGACAAUAGAGACUCUGUGAAUUGGAGGCGGGAUAGUCAAAAUAAUGGCAGUAGUGUUGGUGGAUAUGCAGCGAAUUUCGACAGAAGCUUUAAUCGAGAAAGAAAGCCUAUAACUGAAAGGGAAGAAACCAACGCACCUGGAUCUUGGCGCACAAGCGUAAGACCUCAAUCCAAUGAUUCUUCGCCUCCGCGGAGAGACUUUGAUAAAAUUAAUGAAAAAUUUCGAGAUGGUCGCGGAAAAAAUAUUGAACGUUAUGUAACAGAUGAUGAUUCUAAACUAGAAGAAAGACCAAAGUUAAACUUGAAACCUCGAACGCUACCUUUACCAGAUAUAAAGACAAACUCAGAUUUCGAAGAUGCUGAUAUCAAUGAAACAAAUGUUUCAAAGCAGGGCGUAACACCAUCAUUAAAUGUGUUUGGAUCAGCUAAGCCAGUAGAUACAGCUUCGAGAGAAUUAGAGAUAGAAGAACGAUUAGCAUACGCUCGGAGGCAAGAUAAGAUUCGACACGAAGAAGAGCAUUUAAAUGAAAAACUGGCAGAAGUUCAAAUAGAUACAAAUGAAAAUGAGAGUAUCAAUGCAUCUGUCAAUUGGCGCCAAAAUCAAGAGAACAGCGACGAUAACAAAGCUAACGUGUGCUCACAGGAUGAUAGACGUCGUGAUGAUUUUAAUAGAUCUAACAAAGUUCGUGACCAUGACAGAUCUGAAAAUGUAAAAGGAAAAAUAAGCACAAACGACGACGGAAAGUACAAAGAGGAUAACAAGAACACACGUAAUGAUCGAGAACAGCCCAAGUAUCAUCCUAACCAGACUGGACCAGAGCUUAUGAAUUCGAAUUCAGCCGUAUGUGUAUAUUUGAUAAGCGGUGUUCUGAAACGUAUUCUGAUUGGCUUGCGAAAAAUGACUGCGAUGUAAAAACACCUGAAAAUAGUAUUGAGCGUGGUCGUCUCAAAACUAAUUUCUCUCAAUCCUCAAGACGAACAAAAAGACGACGAAUAGCAGAGAUAGCCGAACCGGAUGAGUCUGCUGCUGAUUGCUUGCGUUUUGCUACUGAACAAGCCAAUUGCAAAAAAAUCUCGCCUGCAAGCACUAUUGCGCUUAUGAUGGGAACGAAUUUAACGAAGCACUGAACUGUUUGGCUAUGAUAAUGUUCUAGAAUAAAAAAAAAAAAAAUGGUAUCCGGAAAAUAUAAAUGUUAGCGAAUCACAUGCUGAAGUCGAGCUUCAAAGUUUAUUGGACCGCCCUCCAAACCGUUCAGGUUGCAUGAUAAUGUUAUAAAUGAUGUUUUCAGUGAAACUAUGAACAACCUCAAACUUAUAGGAAAAUUAGGCUUCGACGGAUGUUCUGGGUACAGCGAAUACGAAAAAUAAUAGAGAACAGUAAUUUGGAAGACAGCCACAUGUUCCACAGAAGCCAAAGACAGUAUUAAAUAAAACUUUUUCCGAUCUCUUGCAAUUAAAUAUAUAAAAAUAC